AUGAGAUUUUUAAUAGUUAAAAUUGCAGAUAAAUAUUUUUUAAUUUAUCAUACAUUUGGAGAAAAUGAUAAUUUAUACAAUAUAUUUAAAAAACGUUUGGAUUGGGCAAUAGAUGAAGCAUAUCACAGAUUUAAAGGUUAUUCGGAUGAGAGAAUGUGUUUUAUGGUGGAAUUUAUUAAAAUACUAGAUAAAUGCAUGGAAGUAAGUAUUUAUUUUUAA